AUGAGUAAUUUAUCUACAUCGGACAAUUUAACUUUUGCUCAGGAUGAAAUCGAUAAUCUUUGGCAUAACAUAAAUAAUUCGCCAUCAGAUUCUGUUUCUUAUUUGAUAUCAACUACAAGUUUGACAUUUGCGAUCUUUGGUUCCAUAAGUAAUUUAAUGUCGGUUAUUGUUUUACAUCGCUUAAGUGCUCAAUUAUCAACAUUUAUUUACUUAACUGGCUUAUCUCUAUCAGAUAUGAUCACUUGUUUAUCGAUUGCAAUCACAUAUAUCCUUGAAUAUAUUGUGGAACGUGGUCGAAGUACAUCAAUAACAAUAUUUCUUCGAUAUGUUGAUAUUAUUUUUGGUGGAUUAGCUGCUGGCAGUCGUGCAUUAUCACUAUGGAUAUCAACAGCAGUAACAAUGGAUCGUUGGAUAUUAAUCUGUUAUCCAAUCUAUGGUAAAUCAUUUUGUACAUUACAUCGAGCCAAAGUUGUUUCACGAAUACUAUUUAUGAUGGCAUUCCUUUAUUCAAUUCCAUUGUUUUUUGAAUAUGAAGUUGUUCAAAUGCCGAGUGUUUACCAAAUGAUUCAUCUUAAUAAUGAUUCCUUAUCAAUAUUAGAUGACAAUUUCCAUAGAAAAAGCAUGCUUGUUACGAAAGGUUAUAGUGAUUUAGCUAGACGCAGACUUUAUCGAUGGGCUUAUAUGUUUUUUAAUGCCAUAUUUGUUUAUACACUGCCAACAAUAACAAUCGUUUGUUUUAAUUUACAAUUAAUUCGUGCUUUACAUCGUGUGAAAUCUCGUACAAAACGUUUAAAAGAAACGCAUCAUAAAAAUGAAAGAACAAAUAAUCAUGGUCAGCAUUGUUCUUUUCAAUCGAAAUAUUCUGUGACAAUUAUUGUAAUUGCUAUGGUACUAACACUACUUAUAUGUCGAAGCCCAACAAUUGUUCUCUGGUUUUUAUGGUCGUUUGAAUUAACAAUCAAGAUAUUUUUUGAUUCCUCAUCAAGUUCAAGUAUACGACGUUUUCAUAGUAUAGCAAAUUUGAUUGCUAUUAUAAAUGCGGCGACAAAUUUUCUACCAUUUUGUGUAUUCGGACAAUUAUUUCGUACUGAAUGUUUAAAUAUUUAUUGCUGUAGAAAAAUAACAAAUGAACAAUUAUUACAACAAACAGCAAAAAAACCUGAAAGAUAUUUUCAUAGUACAUCUAAUAACGCAAAAACAAGACCCAAUGAUAACAUUCAACAACUGAAAAUAGAUACAGAUAAUAAUAUAAAAAAUAUUUUAUCAGUCAAUUCUGAAACAACAUUAUCAUUAAAUCAGUCAACGCCAAUUUAUUCUUCAACGCAUAUUAGAUCAUGUGACUCACCAUGCAAUACGACUGGUCUUGGACAGCAACAGUCAAAUCGUGAAUCAACUACAAUACCAUUAUUAACAGAAACGAUUGAUUUAUAA